AUGCGUCUUGUCAUCUCACUGGGGGCAUUAGUGCCGAUAAAUGCUCUUGCUGGACCUCUGACGACCAUCACCCCUUGUACAAAUGUACCAAGCAUAUCGGCAACUCCAAUCACCGUGACGGUGCAGCAUCAAAUUGUGUCAACCUGUUCCGGCACAUCAACAUGUUUACGAGGAGCUUGUACUACCAGGAAUUCCCUCGACACAUUUGCCUAUGUAAGCACCGUCAUCCCGGCGGCAUGGGAUGGUACUUCGGUCCAUGCGACCACGGUCACUUCGACUGCUCAAACGGUGACGGUGUCUCGAUUCCGUUCGACGAUCACCAAGUUCGCUACCGCUACCUCAGCUGUCAUCAAGAACGGGACAACUUUCCAUGCUUCUCCAAAUGCGGUUCACCUUACUGUUGCGAAGGAUUUUAUGGUUGCCUACAACAAAAUUGGGCCAUUGGCGGUUCCGGGCUAUGGUGGAAGUGGCCUUUGCAAGGAGUGUGGUGUGCAGCACGAUGGAAGUCGAUCUCAGGUCGUGGAUGUCAUUGAGUGCAGGGCAGGUCCCAUUGGGGCCAGGUGCAUGGGAUAUGCAGAGACAUGGAUCUCCAAGUCGGCAACUGCUUCAUCCUCAACAACGGUGGCACCCCUCGCAACCAGAUUCGUGGCUCCCUCGGCUGGGACCUAUACUCUCACGUUCACUCUGACGGCUCCUAAACACAUCAUCACUGCUGGAGUCGAAACCAUCACAGUCGCCCCAAGUCCAUACUUUCAUCAAGUCAUUCGUGAAUGCCGCAGGCCCCGAGAGGUUAUUGAUUUCACCAUUGUCGUUACCAAAACAAUUUACUGGACCGUCCCCUGCAGCAGACAGCCACCGUGGACCUCAAGCGCCGUUCCAAUCCCGAGUGGCUCCCACGAAAUUCCAGGCUUCCAUCAACCAGAUAAGGGGUCGAGUUUGUCUCUUGAUAAUCUGGGUGGCGAUGCGUACGACUGGGCUGACUGGGGGAGCGACGACGUGACCAACCCUAGCCUUCCUCUUCCCCAAGACUGGGCCGACUGGACUUCCAACUACUCCCAAACCACUCCCAGGACUGAAUCUCUCAGCGUGUCUCAGAGUUCCGGCUUCAGCUCAAUCAGUGGGUCUGCGAGUAACCCGUAUAUAGCGACCUCCAGUACAUACAUUGUGUCCGAGACUGGGAUGCCCAGCAGUUCUCUUAGCUUCAGCCUCCAACAAUCUUCGUCUUCGGUGACCACCAGCUCUCUCCUCACCACUUACUCUGCGAGCGCUACCAGCGAAACUACUAGCAUCUUAUCUGGCGGCAUCUCUGGGUCAUCGUCAACAAGUAGCGUGUUUGUUCCCACCGUCAAUACAUCAAGCUUUUCUGGUGGGCCUGUUCCUGGUCCGACAUCAACUUUAAGUUUGAGCUCUAGCUUGUCCACCAGUUCUAUUCCGAUCUCACCGUCGACUUCAGGCUCAACGUCGAUUCUAUCUGCCAACUCAAACUCUGUUAUUGCUUCUAGUACAUCGGCCUCAGGCUCGUCCAAUAACCCAAGUUUCUCGGGCGGACCAACUCCUGGCUCCACUUCCAGUACAACCUCUCAGACAACCGGUGCUUUGAUCACGUCCUCUACGACUUCGAGCUUCAGCGCUGGUCCAAUCGCUGGGUCGACCACAAGCUCAUCCAAUACCGCCCUUUCCAGCCAGAUCAGUUCUUCCGGCAGCUCCCCCAUCAAUGGCUCUUCGGCCGAGUCAAGUACGAUUGGUAUAUCAAGCACAGCCUCCGUGACUGCAUCAGGCCUGCUUACCAGUGCCUCUGGAAUGACAACUACAAUAAACGGUGCUUCCAGUCCCAGCACCAAUGCCAACCCCGAAUCUACGGCCCCUUCCUCAACUAUAAGCUCAACUGCUAGUCCGAGCACUUCUAGCACUAAUUCCAGUCUGUCAACUCUGCCAUUUUCCAGCUCAUUGGUCUCCACUUCCUCUCUAUCAAGCUCGUCGGCCACGGCAAUUUUAGGAAUUACCUCAACUAGCAGCUCUUCUAGCUUUGGUGCUGGCCCGAUUGGCGGUUCAACUUCUGCCUCUUCCAGUUCCAGCUCCAGCUCCAGCUCCUUUGGUACCACAUCAACGUCCGCUGCUUCAACUUCAACCUCAAUCCCUAUUGUUAGCAUGUCAAGUGGAUCGAUCAUAAGCUCAUCCGCCUCCUCUUUUCGAGACGCGAUCCUUUCUACCGUUUCCACCUUUGCACCUAUCAGCACCUCCUUAACUACCUCUAGCACAUCUUCCACAACAAUCGACAGCAGCACCACUUCGACGUCCAGCGGGACACCAAGCACACAAAUCGCUCCUACUCCGGACCUCUUCCUUAUUAGCACAAAUUCACCUCUAAAAACUCGCAAGCGAGCCCUCCAGUACUUGGGUUUCUCUGGUGGUACAGGCACCCUAUCAAGCGAUUCAUCUGCGGCAGCUCAAUUCUUUUUGGAUACAACAGGCAAUUUGCGCUUUGGCACUUCCUACGUCGAUGCAGAUUUCUCUCAACCAUAUCUUACUUUCUCCUUGAUUACGGCUAUCAAUGACAAUCUCUCUCAGUGGACUAUUGAUGCUAACGGCAAUCUGCUGCUCCGAGUGGCGGGAGCUAGUUUCUGCACCAAUGAGGAAGGCGUUGUGUACAUUCUGUUUGAAAGCGCAACCCCAUUCACUUGCUUCACUAUAGUCCUGGAAGCCACCCCCGUUAUAUCCGGUUCCCCGUCAAGCAGCACCUUCUUGUCUCCCUCCGCGACUUUACAAGCUGGAUCAUUGUCGACCUCUGCCGUUACUCCGUCGACCACCUCAAUACAGUCUGGAACAUUAUCGUCUAUCAGCAGCACUAGUAGCGUAACUGAUCCCUCCAUGUCUGAAUCGUUGUCCAGUAUUUCAGCUAUAAUCACUUCUUCAAGGGCAUCAAUGACAAGCAGUAGUUUCUCUGCUGACUCUGAAGAUUCUGCAUCGUCUGCGACUUCAUCAAGUACAGAAUCUCAAUCUAUGACGACGUCGACGUCUUCGACAUCGUCCUCUGAUAUUCGAUCCUUCUCGGGAGGGCAGCCGACAUUUACAACUUCAUUUAAAGGGGGCCAAUCUGUGUCAAGUGGCAAGACGACGGCUUCCGACACAACAACCUUGGACAGAACCAAGAGCAGUGCAAUAUUGAGCAGUAGCACGGGAAGUGUUAUUCUGACGACCUCUGCUGCAUCUUCAUUAACUAUGGUAUCAGCAGAGUCAACGACUGUGUCACCUUCUUCCAUGGUCGAAUCAUCUAGUACUAUUAUUGCCUUGUCUAGUACCAGCCCAGACACGACGCCUUCAUCCUCAAGUAACAGCACGGCCAGCAUUCAUCCAGCUGCUACAACUACCAUAGGGACGGCGAUAUCGAUCUCUUCCGCGUCGAGCACCAAUUGGGACUCUGACACUUCUUCCACUACGUUGCCAGUUGCUGCCCUCACGUCAUUCAGUUCGAUCACGUUUUCAGAAGCAGGAACUUCCUCUACAAGUCUUCCGCCGACGACGAUAACGACGACGACAACAACAAUGACGAUACCCUAUUCUGGACCGUCGACCGUCGACAGCAGCAGCACAGAAUCUACGACUGCAUCCUCAUCUGAGAUCGCAAGUACCAUCACUGCGGCAACAAGCGACACAUCUUCCCAAGGAUCGCCGUCCAAGACAACAAGCGGACUGACCACGAUCAACACCCCAGCAAUGUCGAUGACCGGCACAAGCGCUUCUUCUGUGAUGGGAGUAACGAAUGACACCAGUUCGACUUUCGUCAGCCCGACGUCCGUCGAGGCAUCCCCUACAGUGUCAAGUACUGGGGACAGCGGCUCAGAGUCCGCUGUGACGACACCCAUCGCGAGUAUCAUAGCUCAGUCUUCUCAGGAGACGUUCGGCACAAACAGCCCUCUGGCAACAGAUUCUGGGUUAUCAUCCCCGACUAGCUCAAGUACUGAGGCCAUUGCGACGACGGAGGCCAUGACCAGCAUGAGCAGUGCAACGGAGUCGGUAACGACGUCUGCGGCUGAAUCUACUGACAGCACGAAUCCCUCUUCUGAGCUGCCUCCUGUCGCCAGCACAGUGAGCCCAUCGUCCCAGAUGAUUGAGUCACUGUCGACAAUCUCCGAAGCUACGAGCAUAGGUCUAGAAGAAACGACCACCGCUCCGGAAGUACUGCCCACCGAUAUUCCCACAACGUUCCAGACAAACACUUCUCCACCGGAAUUGAUAAUGGCCACCACCGUGGCACCCGUCAUCCUUGACUCGACCUUUCCAGCAGCUCCAUUGCCGACAGAAACAACCACUGAGCGAACAGCCUUGGAGAAGGUGCGACGAGGCAUGCAAUACAAUGGACGUCAUUUUCGCGAUGCCUGA